UGUUCGUCCCUCUUCUCAGGACAGCAAAAGUGGUAACGGAAUUAGACACGUGGUGGUAUAAUUCCAUUGUCACGCGUUAAGAGUUAACCAUUAACAUAAAAAAGAACAUAAAAAAUAUAAAAAUAUAAAAAACCCAAAAAAAUCUGAAAAACUUUAAAAAGAAAAUAACAAAAAAAGUGUGGAACAACGGUGAAGUCGACAAGAGGGGAAAAAAAUCCAUCUAUUGCGCCAUAUUUGUUGGAUCAUCAAAACAAGUGAAUAAGUUAAACAACCAUCAUUACCAUGAAUCCAGCUGGCCCAAGUUACCCGAUGGCGUCUCUGUACGUUGGUGAUCUUCAUCCAGAUGUCACAGAAGCCAUGUUGUUUGAAAAGUUUUCAACAGCAGGUCCUGUUCUGUCGAUCCGCGUGUGUCGAGACAUGAUCACCAGGAGAUCGCUUGGCUACGCCUAUGUCAACUUUCAGCAGCCUGCUGAUGCUGAGCGAGCUUUGGAUACAAUGAACUUUGACACCAUCAAAGGUCGACCAAUCAGAAUUAUGUGGUCCCAGCGUGACCCGUCUCUCAGAAAGUCUGGCGUGGGAAAUGUCUUCAUCAAGAACUUGGAUAAAAGCAUCGACAACAAGGCUCUGUAUGACACUUUUUCUGCCUUCGGAAACAUCUUGUCUUGCAAGAUUGCAUCUGAUGAGAAUGGAUCUAAAGGCUACGGUUUUGUCCAUUUUGAAACGGAAGAGGCUGCCAAGCAGGCUAUAGAGAAAGUCAACGGCAUGUUGCUCAACGGCAAAAAAGUGUAUGUGGGCAAGUUCAUCCCGAGGAAGGAGCGUAUUGCACUGAUGGGCGACAAGAUGAAACGUUUCAACAACGUCUACAUCAAGAACUUUGGUGAUGACUUGUCAGACGAGAGGUUGAGGGAAAUCUUUGAGCCGUAUGGAAAGAUCAUAAGCGCAAAGGUCAUGUUUGAUGAUGUUGGAAAGUCAAAAGGAUUUGGUUUUGUCAGUUUUGAUGACACGGAAGCAGCCGAGAGGGCUGUUGAGAGUGUGAAUGGCCUUGACAUGGGCGGCAAGCUGAUGUACGCGGGCCGUGCCCAGAAGCGGGCAGAGCGCCAGUCGGAGCUGAAGGACAAGUUUGAGAAGAUCAAGAUGGAGCGCAUCAACCGUUACCAGGGCGUCAACCUGUACGUGAAGAACCUUGACGACGUCAUCGACGACGAACGGCUCCGGAAGGAGUUCGCGCAGUUUGGAACCAUCACCAGUGCACGGGUCAUGUGCGAAGGAGGUAGAUCGAAGGGCUUCGGCUUCGUUUGCUUCAGUUCUCCGGAGGAGGCGACGAAGGCCGUGACAGAGAUGAAUGGCCGAAUCAUUGUAUCAAAACCCUUGUACGUAGCCCUGGCCCAGAGGAAGGAGGACCGACGAGCCCACCUGGCUUCUCAGUACAUGCAACGCAUGACAACCAUGAGGCAACAGACGGCCCAGUUCAACCAGAUGUUCCAACCAAGUGGGGCAGGCUACUUUGUACCCACAAUGCCUCAGGCUCAGCGUGGAUUCUUUGCUCCAACUCAGAUGCCACAGGUGCGCCCAAGUCCAAGAUGGCAGACACAGGUCCGACCGAACCAGACAGCCGCAGGUUUCCAGGCGAUGCCCAACUCUCAGAUGAGAAACCAGAGGCCGGGCGCUGCCGGUCAGACCCAGAUGCGGACCCCGAUGUCGGCUCGUCCAAUCACUGGCCAGUCCGGUGCUGCCGGGGGCGGCCCCGCCCAGCGAAUGGGCAUGCCUGCAGGGAUGCAAAACCGACCCCUCGGGGCCGCGAUGCAGGGUGGGCCCGGAAGACCUUCCAUGAAGUUCCCAGGCCAGAUGAGAAAUCCACAGGGCGGCCCCGGGCCCCAAUCCCAGGUGCAGCAGCCUCCACAGCAGUCUGUGCUGAUUCCAGGUCAGGAGCCGCUGACCGCCUCCAUGCUGGCUGCCGCUCCCCCACAGGAGCAGAAACAGAUGUUGGGAGAACGCUUGUUCCCCCUCAUCCAGAGAAUGCACCCCGAUCUAGCCGGCAAAAUCACAGGAAUGUUGUUGGAGAUAGACAAUUCCGAACUGCUGCACAUGCUGGAAUCAAGCGAGUCGCUGAAAGCAAAGGUGGAGGAGGCAGUGGCUGUGUUGCAGGCCCACCAGGCAAAGGAAACCGUCGGACCACCAAAGAAAGAUUAGACUUCACCUUGCGUCGACGCUCCCUCAUCUCACAAUCCGCUUGAGCGGUCAGCUGAAACAUCGCCCCCCCCCCCCCAAGUUCUGAACGAAAAGCGAGAGUAACGAAGAGCUACCAUAUUCUCGCUGGGAGUACCUUCUUAUCACUGACUGUCCGCUACAGAGUUGACCGAUUCAUACCCAUUGUGUGAUCAGGGACUUGUUUUUAAUAUCAUAUGUUGAAAUAUAAGUUUUAACGUCAGGUCAUUUCUAUUGCACCAAUAGUCAUAAUACAGUUGAAAAUUUGUUCAAAAUUUGAAGAAAGAAAAAAAAAUGAAAAACUCAUCUCUGAAAAUCAGCAAUGACAUGUUGUGGUUUUAUCUCUUAGAGAUUUUUUUUUUAUUAUCUUUUCUUUUCUUUUUUUAAAAAAUGUAAAUCAAGAACAGAUCUAGAACGGAUUAUUAACAUUGUCCAUGUUUUAAGAAAUUGAAAAAAAAAAAAAGUUUACAAAAAAAAGGAAAAAGGAAACUGCAAGAGUUUAAAAAAAAUCGAAAAUAUAUUGUUAUGAAGAAUGGUUGAUAGUUUGUACAUAGUUUGUAACUAGGAUUUUAUUAUUUUUUAUUUUAUUAUUAUUAUUUUUUUGUCACUAAUUAACAAAUAAUUUUCAGCAUACUUGUAUGCUAAUGUACUUGACCCUUUUAAUGUCACAAAGAUAUUGUUUUAAGCAUUGGUUGUUUUGGGGCCAGUAGAAAUUAAUCCGACCUUUGGUCAAUACAACAGUAACUACCUACUUUGAGAGUGGUAAUAGUUAUAGUAGGCUGCUAUCACAGGGGACAAUAUAUAUAUAUAUAUAUAUUAUAUAUCUCAUAGUUAACUAAGUCUGUUCACUUAGAUUUCUACCUUCGUAUGCAAUUGUUCCGGUACAUUAAAUGUAUUCGUAUGGUGAAACGCCUCGAAACCGGAUUCUCUAUGAACCGGAAUCCCAUCAAAACCAGACAUUUUUCAUGGCCCCUUUUUAAAUAUCUGUACAUAAGAGAACCUCUCUAAACCGGAUACCUCUUAUUACCAGACUUUUUACUUCGUCCCCAGAGUGUCCGGUUUAGAAGAGUUAACUAUUCUUUUCGGCAAUUUUGCUCGCCUAGUACCAUUUUAGGAGAGAUUCGGCUCGCCUUCAUUUGGCUGAUGGCAAAGACUGCAGAGAGUUGCAGUGUCAUUUUUUCCCAGGUGAAUGUAAUAAAAGAAAAGUUAUUUAAAAAAAAAAAAUUAACUUGCCUGAUUUUUAUUAGGCACAUUCCUAGAAACACUAUAUUUAUAUCAGGUUUCCUCUAUUUUUAUCUCGGGUUUACUCUGUAAAUCAAUCUGCUCUAAUGAUGUCGUUAAACAAAACAAACUUCUCUAUCUGGUGGAUAAAAUUUGAAAAAGAAAAUGUUGGUAUAGGAGCCACUCGUCCGUACACUUGUGGUUCAGUUUGUGACAGAAUGUUAAGUGUUGAUGACAUUGAAGGGGUCAACCUGUUAGGUUUAAGAAGUCAAACAAAAGCAGUCAUUGAGAAGAGGGAGACAAAGAAGUGGACUUUGUUAGUAAUCUGAUCAGUCUUGUUCUUAUUUCUUUUAUUUUUCUUUUUUUUUUCCUCCCCCUUUUUUUUUUUUUUUUUUAUUAAAUUCAAUAAAGUAAAGUUCUACAA